CUCCUGCUUAACAAAAUCACUGAUUUCACGAGUUUACCUUGCUUCUCGGCUAAUUCUCCUUGAAGGUUCUGCUUUUGGCAGCAGACACUUACGAAACUGCACCUUGAGGUCAUUCCCUACAUAGCGCCGUUCUUCCCGUUAGUCGUUUCAAAAACUGCAGUCUAGGGGAAAACUAAACGCGAGGAACCCUAGCCUCCUCAUUCUGAAAUCCAAAACCUAAGGUCCAAUGACCUCGAAGCCCGGGCUCGCUGGUGGGAUCCCGGAGCGAAGGGUGCGGCCGAUAUGGGACGCAGUUGAUUCUCGUCAGUUCAAGACGGCUCUUAAGCUUUCAACAGCGCUUCUAGCAAAGCACCCUAAUUCUCCGUACGCUAUCGCACUCAAGGCUCUCAUUUUGGAAAGGACAGGGAGGCUUGACGAAGCACUAAGUGUUUGCUUAGAGGCCAAGGAGCUUUUACAUUCGAGCAAUUUGAAUAUGGUUCAAAUGGAUGAUCUCACCCUCAGUACUUUACAGAUUGUGUUUCAAAGGCUUGAUCGCUUGGAUCUAGCCACUCAAUGCUAUGAGCAUGCUUGUAGAAAAUUCCCUAAUAACUUGGAAUUACUGAUGGGACUUUUUAACUGUUAUGUGCGUGAAUAUUCGUUUGUCAAGCAACAGCAGACUGCCAUAAAGUUGUACAAGAUUGUUGCUGAAGAAAGGUUUUUGCUUUGGGCAAUAUGCAGCAUUCAAUUGCAGGUUCUUUGCAGUUCUGGGGGUGAGAAAUUGUUGUCCCUUGCUGAAGCUUUACUUAAGAAGCAUAUAGCUUCACAUAGUCUGCAUGAACCUGAAGCUGUUGUCAUGUACAUUUCAAUUCUGGAACAACAGGCCAAAUAUGAGGAUGCUUUGGAUAUUCUUUCUGGAAAUCUUGGUUCCCUUAUAGGAAUCGAAGUUGACAGGCUACGUCUGCAGGGUAGGCUUCUUGCUCGUGCAUGCAACUAUACUGCAGCUGCUGAGAUUUACCAAAAGGUCCUACAAGCACGUCCUGAUGAUUGGGGAUCAUUCCUCAAUUACUUGGGCUGUUUGUUAGGGACUGAUUUCAGUUGGUCAACAAGCGGUUCUAGUCAACUAUGUUCAUCAGAUAAUGUUGUUUUUCAAGGCUGUAAAUCAACCAAUCUUCCCCUGGAAGUGUUUGAUUCACGCAUAGAAAGCGCCUUGUCUUUUGUACAAAAGUUGCAAAUGGAAGUCCAUGAUGGUCUUGCGAGAUGUCCUUACUUGGCAUCCAUUGAAAUAGAAAGGCAAUGCCGCCUUAGGGGAAAAACUGAUGCCAAGCUAUUGGAAGCCUUAUUAAAUUACUUUCAGAGGUUUGGUCACUUGUCUUGCUUUGCUUCUGACCUGGAGUGCUUUUCUUCAACGUUGACCCAAAUUGAGAGAGCUGAGAUAUUGGGGAGAUUCAUUGAAAUUUCUGAAUCUUCUAAACUUUCGCCAUUAAAAAAGUUGGGCCAGGCUAUUACAAUUUUUAAACUUGAUGAGGUUUUUGGCUUCUUGACAGUGCUCCCUGUUGAAGAACUUGUGGAAACAUCUACAAAGAUGGUGGAUGUGUAUUGUAAAAACCUUGUACUUUCAAGUGAUCUGGAUCCUCAGGAGAAUAUGCACGGUGAAGAACUGUUACAAAUGGCUAGCAGCGCUCUUGUUAUGCUUUAUUGGCGUACAAGGUGCUAUGGGUACUUACUAGAGGCACUUCUAGUUUUGGAGUUUGGUUUGAACAUUAGAAAAUAUGUUUGGCAAUACAAAUUGUCUUUGGUGCAUUUAUAUUCAUACGUUAAUGCACUUCCGUUGGCAUACGAAUGGUAUGGUACUCUGGAUACAAAAAACAUAUUAUUGGAGACUGUAUCCCAUCAUAUUAUGCCCCAGUUGUUUGUAUCACCCCUUUGGUCAGAAACCUCUGCUCUUCUGAAAGAUUAUCUCAAGUUUAUGGAUGAUUAUUUAAGAGAAGCUGCUGAUCUUACUUUUUUGGCAUAUCGCCAUCGUAAUUAUUCCAAAGUGAUUGAAUUUGUUCAAUUUAAAGAGCGCUUAGAACACUCAAAUCAAUAUUUGGCUGCAAGAAUUGAAUAUUGGAUUUUACAACUGAAACAGGAAACAAAUACCCUUGAAGAAGCCGAGUGUAUUCUUGAAAAAUUGUACCGUGGAAUGCAAUUGCUAGAGCUGUCAAGUGAUGAGAAACUAAAUUCCUUGACAUUUAAUGAAGAUCUUCAGCUGCGACCUUGGUGGUCCCCAAGUUCUCAUGUAAAUUACCUUUCAGAACCUUUUGAUGGAGUAUCAGCAUGCUCUCGAGAGAACUUGUAUAAGCAUCAAGCUUGUGAGAAUGGCAACAUAGUGAGGAAUGUCCUUGCACGAAAAUCCCUUGUUCCUCGCUUGAUCUAUCUCUCGAUUCAGUCAGCUACUACUUCACUGAAGGAAACUGUUGAACCUAACGCUUCUGAAAAAGAUGCUAAUAGCAAUGGAGAGCUUAGGUUUCUACUGGAAAAAUAUGCAAGGAGCAUUGGUCUGUCAUUUGAUGAUGCAGUGAAGCUGAUCUUUGAGAUUUCGAAGGGGCAAAGAUCUUUCAAGGAUUUUGGUACAGAUAUGGUGGUUGAUUGUAUGAAUUUUGCAGUUUUUCUAAAUGCAUGGAAUUUAUGCUCUAAUCAUCCAUUGCUCCUGCAUCAAGAUGGAGUGAAUCUUAUUUCUUGGAACGUGGUAGAAAACUUGGUUAAUACAUGUAUUGCAGAGCAGUUGAUUUGUGCGCGGCGAGUUCUGGAUGGCCCUGGAAGUAACCUUCCAAUUUUGGUUCAGUUGAUAACAGAACCAUUUACUUGGCAUGCUUUGGUCAUCAAAUCCUGCUUGAGAUCUAUGCUUCCCUUAGGUAAGAAGAAAAAGAAAAGUGGCCUUUCUGAUCAUUUAAACUUGCGGCAUCUAUCGCUAGUAAGCAAUUCCAUAGACUGCUUAAGUAAUGGGAUUCAGAAAGUUCAUAAAUGGUUAGAGGAUCAAAUGAAUGGGUCAGAAGAUUCAAGAUUGGACAUUUUGUUAUCUGAAGUGAAGGUAAUGCAAUCUGUAACAGGACCGGGCUCUGUUCUCCGCAUUCUCGAAGAAUGUGCAUCUUCUAGCCAUGAAGAAUUAGGAGAAAGAAUAUAUGGAGCUCUACAAUUGUGGAGCUCUACUGAUGUAAUAAGAAAACUUGUCAAUUCUCAGGCGUCAUUACUUCUCAAGUUUCAAGAUAUAUGUGGUGCCAAAUUGAAGAUGUUGGAGGUAAUGAAACGGUCAUUUUAGGGUUACCAAAUCCUGGUAGCUAGGUUCUUUUUUAGGGUUUGCCGAAGUGGCCAUGGUUUCCCCUACAUUUUCUGCAUUUUUUUCACAGGGAUAGUUGAAGUUUUUUUUUUUUUCUAAUUAUUUUUUUCGGGUUAUUCUCUACCAGAGCCUCGCUUCAUUGUUGCCUCAUGGAAAAUAAGGUACCAAAAACAUUUUUUCAUUUCUUAACAUAGUUUUAUUGUGAUCAAUGCAAGCAUUUAUGUUUGUCUUUGUUUUGGCCUGGACCAUUGUCCUUUAAUGCAGAUAGCUAAAGACUUUAUCUUGUUCAA